CACCACUUGAGCUUCCGUUUGAUCAGUGUUCAUCAGUCCCGGCCACCAGUCCACCUGAAGUUACGCACACUCCUACCCCACUGGGCUCACAGCAUCAGAGACAAUUCCCUCUAGGGAUCCCUCAAAUGCAGAGUCUGUGGCAUCACCUCACCAGCAGGCCACCCGGGAGAUCCAGCUGCAGACCAGCAGCCCCCAAGGACCCAGAAGCAGCUAAAUCUGGCUCUGCAUUGAAG